AAAUUGCUCCCUUCCCUUUCAGCCUCUCUUGAGGACAUCUUUACCCACUGGGAAAAAACUCCCUCGAAUUCCAGGAGAAGAAAGGUGAGCGAUGACGAGGCAGCCAUUCCAGAAAAGAUCAGAGUUCCUGAUCCUGUGAGCAGCUCUGAGAGCUCAGAGAAAGAAGAGGAUGAGAAAGAGAAGGCGAAAGCUGCAAACACAGCCAGCCUUUCCCUGGCCACCAACUCAGGAGUGAAUGUAGAAAGCAGUGAAGAUGAUGACUCCUCGUCAGAAGAGGAGACACCAGCUGGAAAAAGCGCAGUCACGGUGACACCAGCUGUGGUGAGUGGCAAAGCUGCCAACUCCCUGCAUUCUCCUACCAAACCCGCUGCCCCAGCAGGCAAAGUGGCAGUGCUCUCUGCUGCGAACAGAACUGUGGUCUCAAAUAAGCAGCAGCCGAACGCACCAGCUGCAUCUGCAGGUCCGGCCAAGGCCGGGCAGAAACUGCCUGGUCCUGGGAAGCCUGGACAUGCCGCAACAGCCGCGGCCAAAGUAGGUCAAAACAAAGCACCAGAAAGCUCCAGCAGCAGCAGCUCCUCAUCAGAGAGCGAGGAGGAAAAAGAGGCGCUGACUGUGAAGACCUCGGCCCCCAAAGUGGAGCCGAAGCAGGCAGCUGGGGCUGCUGAAAGCAGCAGUGAGGAAUCAAGUGAUGAGACAUCUUCUGAUGAGGAGCUUGCAACUCCAGCAGUCCAGGCAAAACCAGCUGUGAAAACAGUGCAGGCUAAUGCAGCACCUGUGAAAAGUGCACCUGCUGCUCCAGUGGGCCUCAAGAAGAAUGCGGUGAGGCAAACAGCACUGGCACCCAACCAGGCCAAACCUGCGUCCACAACGGUUCCUGGGGCUGCGAAGCCCGAUGACACAUCAGAGAGCAGCGACUCAUCAGACAGCCAAGAUGAGGAACCUCCAUCAGUAACCCACACAAAGCCACCUUCAAAGUCCUCCCAGGCCAUCCCGUCCCCAGUUAAACCUACACCAGCGGCAUCGCUCUCCGGCAAAACAGCUCCAGCCAAAACUGUUCCACUGUCCCAAGGGAAGCCAGCACCAAAACCAGCAGUGCCAAAGCAGGCCAAAACGACGCUGGGAAGGACUGCUGCUCCCACAAAGCCUGCUGAAAAUACGAAGCCAGUGGAGAGCUCUGACUCCUCAGGCAGUGAAGAAGAGGAUCUCCCUGUGCCUGUCAGCCAGAAGAGAUUAACAGAACAGCCUGGGCAUGUUCCCAACCUGAGCCAAGCUGCUAGAGCUGGGUUGCCUGAAAAAGCAGUGGGAAGCACCUUGAAAAGCCAGGCCUCAGAAAGUGGGAGCAGUGACUCGUCUGACAGUGAAGAAGAGUCCCCUGCAGCACAGACACAGCCUGCUUUUCCUGCAGUGAAGACCAAUGCCGCGCCCCAGCCGACCAACGUGAAGAAGGCACCGGCUCCAGCGCCAGCCCCUCCACCUGUGGGCAGCAGCGAUGAUUCCAGCGAGGAGUCGGAUUCAGAGGAAGAAAUAGUCCCCCCUUCGCAGGAUCCCCCUCCUACUUGCCUAAAGCAAACGGUUCCUGUGGGAAAAGUUCCUCCAGCCAACACUGCUGCUCCACAGACUGCUUCACUCCUGGGAAGUCCCACCACCAAACUGAGGAAGCCAGGCCCACAGCCAGCGCAGGACGCCCGGCUGAGCCAGGCUGUGCCGCCCGCCCAGGCAGAGGAGACCUCGGACAGUAGCAGUUCCUCAGACAGUGAUGAGGAGGAGACACCCAAGCAGCCCCCCAAACCUGGCUCACUGCAGAAACCAGGAGGGACCCAGCCGGCCCACAGCUCCUCAGAGUCCAGUGAGGAGGAGGAGGCAGCGUCGCAGUCCCUCCUCACAGGCUAUCUGGGCCUCUCCAGGACCCCAGCAGCACCCCAGGCACCAAAGACAGUUCCCCCUCAGCCUGUAGGCAAAGCAGGGCAAGGAAAAGCAGCCGUGACUGCUGCAAACUCCCUCACCAAAGCCCCCGUGAAGGCAGCCCCGGCUGACAGCUCCAGCAGCGACAGCAGUGACUCAGACACGGACGUCGACCAGGUGGCUGCAAACCACAAAGCAG